CUAGUGAUUGUAGGCUGGUUGCAGAAGACUGGCGGGCGGUGAGAGUGAGCGGCGUGGUGCAUCUUGAAGCUCACCGGGUAGAAUUUUUGUAAAAGUUAUUCUGCCUUCUCGGACAUACUGCCAACAUGUCUGGUGAUGAAGAAACCGAGGAGCAAACCGUCGCCGACGAUUUGGUGGUUACCAAGUAUAAGAUGGGGGCGGAGAUUGCAAACCAGGCCCUAAAGAUGGUGGUUGUGGCGGCCACUGCUGGUGUCUCUGUGCUCAGCCUGUGUGAAAAGGGAGACACUUUCAUCGUGACAGAAACUGGGAAAAUCUUUAAGAAGGAAAAAGAGAUGAAGAAAGGUAUCGCCUUUCCGACGUGCGUGUCAGUUAAUAACUGCGUGUGCCAUCACUCCCCACUCAAGAGCGACCCGGACAUUCUCCUCAAGGACGGGGACCUUGUCAAAGUUGAUCUGGGGGUACAUGUGGAUGGCUUCAUCUCCAACGUGGCGCACAGCUUUGUUGUUGGCGUGGCCAAGGAUAAACCCCUGACAGGCCGCAAAGCUGACGUCAUCACGGCAGCUCAUCUGUGUGCGGAGGCUGCUCUGCGUCUUGUCAAACCAGGAAACCAGAACACACAGGUCACAGAGGCAUGGAACAAGAUUGCAAAGUCAUUCAAGUGCUCACCAAUCGAAGGCCUGCUGUCUCAUCAACUCAAACAGCAUGUCAUAGAUGGAGAGAAAACUAUUAUCCAGAAUCCAACAGACCAGCAAAAGAAGGACCAUGAGAAGGCUGAGUUUGAGGUGCAUGAAGUGUAUGCAGUGGAUGUGCUUGUCAGCACUGGAGAGGGCAAGGCAAAGGAUGGCGGUCUCAGGACCACAGUUUACAAACGAGACCCCAACAAGGUGUAUGGAUUAAAGAUGAAGACAUCUCGGAUGUUCUUCAGUGAGAUGGAGAGACGCUUUGAUACAAUGGCGUUCACUCUGCGAGCAUUUGAGGAUGAGGGCAAAGCCAGGCUGGGUGUGGUGGAGUGUGCCAAACAUGAUUUGCUACUGCCAUUCAAUGUCCUGCAGGAGAAGGAGGGUGAGUUUGUUGCCCAGUUCAAGUUCACUGUGUUGCUCAUGGCCAAUGGACCACUGCGAAUUACAAACAGCCUCUUUGAACCCGAAUUUUACAACUCCGAGCACGAGGUAGAAGACCCGGAAUUGAAGGCAUUGCUUCAAAGCUCAGCCAGCCGUAAGACCCAAAAGAAAAAGAAAAAGAAGGCCUCAAAGACUGUGGAGAAUGCAACAGGACAGGCUAUGGAGACUGAAGCUGCAGAAUAAACUGCCCCAGUCAGCAAUUUGUGACGCAGCCCAAGAAGAAACGUCAGAAAUGCUUCUGUCCCAGCUGUCUGAGGCACGAUGGGCAAAGCUGCUCCCAACACUUCCAAAAUCUAACAUGUCAGUCUGGGAUGAUGCUGCUACUAAAUUCUUUCACUUCAACUAAAACACACUUGGUACAUCUGAAGUAAAUCUCAUUGUCCUUGAAGCAGCUUUUGUCUCUGCAACAGUGGAUACAACUCAUCAAGGGAUUUAUUAUGUGUGGGUGUUAAUAGAGCAAAAAAGGAAUAUUACCAUUUGACCUUGAGCCUUCAUCUCACAGUAAAUGCAUUGAAGCAAUAUUGUCAAAUAAAAUGAGUUUGACUAAGCUGCCAAGGAUAAUGAAUGCGCCUACUGUUGGUGAGAUUGUGUGACGCUCACAGAUAGCGUCCCUGACCUGAUGCCAAGGCAAAUGAGACUUCAGCUAGUUGUAUGGUAAUGUUUUUAGAAUCUUCAGGCCUAUGUAAGUACUUUCACACAAGUUAUAGUUAUGACACACACACAGUAAGCAAAAUACAGAUCUUCCGUUGGUUUGUAUACUGUUACUUCGUAUACCGAAAGGCAUCAUGGAUACAUGAAUAUGACUAGAUGAGCUGUAGAUGAAACAACCUAGCAUGGGUUGUGCAUUUAGGACUGAUAUUCUGUGUUUACAUAAGUCCUCGUGAAUUAUUUUGUACAACAAACCAUUUUCAGAAACUAUUUUUGGAAUGAUUAAAAAGCCACCUGACAUCAUGUGUGUGUUAUGAACGCGGUCAUCUGAUUCAAAAAGUGCAUGAAUAAGUCCUGAUUUUGAUUCGUAUAAUAGCAUCAAGGCAUUACAGAGCUGUGAAAUCAAUGAGUGUAUGAUGAUCUAUAGCAGCGGAAAAAGUGAUGUUUUAUUCACAUUUUUUAGAUUGCAAUGGGAAAAAAUGUAACCUCAUACAUGAGCAUAACAAAUUAUAUCUUUGAAAGCAAUUAAUGACCAUUUUACAGAUUAGUUUUCCUUUAGGGGUAUCGCAAGCUCUCAUGAGAUUAAAAAAUUGUCUCACGAUAAAUUAAUAACGCUGUAAGUGAAAUAUAUAUUACCAUGUGCAUUUGUGUCUGUUUUCCUCAUCUCAUCUCCAAAACUGGCAUGAAGAGGGGUCACUCUGCAUUGGUUUUAGCACUUAUACACUUCAUAGAACAACUGCGAACAGAGGGAGACGUCUUGUUAGUCAUACAGUUGCUUUGUCUUUGCGGGGGAUGUGGAGCCGCUAGCAUACAUUCAGCAAAAGAGUGGAGUCUCAUGAUGAGCAAUGCAAGGUAACGUAGUAGAAAUUAGGAGGGAAAAAGAUGUGUGCAAAGCCAAAUGCCACAAUCCCCAUGUGGGAAUAAUAAUGAGCACGGUGAGCCCAUCAACAUGAACGAGCCAGUAUGACGUAUUUAUUCAAAAGUGGCUGCAACAUAAAUGGCAACAAUACAGACUUGCCCACCUCAAACGUAUCCACCCAACCCAGUUUUCCCAUCUAGGAAAAAAAACACAUUCAAAUGGAGAGUUUUCAUUCUGACACUCACUGAGAUGUUUGGUCAGCAAAGUAAAUACAGGUACUACCCAAAAAAUUAAAAUAUCAAGAAAAAGUUGUUUUAUUUUGGCAAUUUAACAUAAAAGACUACACCAACAAAUUUUACUGAGCCGUGGCACACAAAUUGACAUUUCUCAAGCAGUUCCUUGUUGUAACUUUGCUGAUUAAGAUUUUCAACUUAUUAAAACCACAAACGCACAAACUCAGAAAAUUUGAAUACUGUGAAAAGCUUCAGUUCUGUAGGUUCAAAGAGUCAAAUUCUGAUCAGGCAAGUAAUCCAAAACACCUGCAAAAGGGUCCUGAGCCUUGAAAAAGUCUGUCUUAGGUUAGCUCAGAAGAGUUCAGACAUGGGGGGGGGAAGACUCCUGAUCUGACAGUUGUGCAGAAAACUCUCAUUGACUUGAGAGUCAAUGAGAAUUGAGAGUUGAGAGUAGACAGUCAAGUGGAAGGAAGAAGUGUGGAAGAAGACAGUGUACAAGCCAGAGAGAUGACCACAGGCUGGAGAGGGUUGUCAGGAAAGGGCCAUUCAAAAGUGUGGGGGAGUGUCAUAAGGAGUGAACCGAUGCUGGAGUUGUUGCUUCAAGAGAAACAACAUGCAGGCGGAUGCUGGACAUGGACUUCAAAUGUCGAAUUCCUGUUGUCAAACCUCUCCUCAAUAGUAAUCAGCACCAGAGGCACCUUUCCUGGGCAAGAGAAAUGAAGGACUGGUCUGUUGCCCAGUGGUCAAAAGUCCUCUUUUCUGAUGAGAGAAAGUUUUGCAUCUCAUUUGGCAACAAAGGUCACAGAGUCUGGAGGAAGACUGGAGAAGAGCACGAUAAAAGAUGCAUGUUAGGUUUCCCCAGUCUGUGAUGACUUGGGGAUCCAUGUCAGCUGCUGGUGUUGGUCCUCUGUGCUUCAUGAAGUCAAACAUAACCGUAGCCAUCUACCAGGACAUUUUAGAGCACUUUAUGUUGGCUUCAGUUGAACAGCUUUAUGGAGAUGCAGACUUCAUCUUCCAGCAGGACUUGGCACCUGCUCACACUGCUAAAAGUAGAAAGUCCUGGUUCAACGACCAUGGGAUUACCAUGUUUGAUUGGCCUGCAAACUCACUAGACCUGAACCCCAUAGAAAAUCUGUGGGUCAUUGUCAAGAGAAAACUGUAUGAGAAGAUACCAAACAAUAAAGAACAGCUAAAGGCCACAAUUGAAGUAUGCUGAUCUUCCAUAACCCCUGAGAUAUGCCAUAAACUGGUAGCAUCCAUGCCACGCCAGAUAAAGGCUGUUAUUCAGGCAAAAGGGGUCUCAACCAAGUACUAAAUACAGGUGCAAGAGUUUAGUUUUGGAGGCCUUGCAUUUUUGUAUUUAAAACCCUUUUUUUACAUUGACUUUAUGUAAUAUUCUAAUUUUCUGAGUUUAUGAAUUUGAGGUUUUUUUAAGCUGCUAGACCUGAUCAGCAAAAUCCAAAGAAAUAAAAACUUGAAAUAUAUUGAUUUGCAUAUUAUUUGUUUAUAUAAUAUGUCAAAUUCACCUUUUAAGUUGAACUGCAGAAAUACAACAACUUUUUCAGGAUAUUCUAAUUUUCUGAGUAGUACCUAUACAAACAGAACAGCGCAAAAUGGUGUGCAUUCACAGAAAGUCAUCACAAACUCUUUAAUUAUGACAAUAACACCAUUUAGCAUCAACUUGUGCAACAGUAAACCUUUUCAAAUGCACCUACAUUGUUUUGUGACUCGGUUAAAUAAAGUUUGUCAAGUCAUAUUUUUUCAUUGUACUUUUCUGAAAAUGAAUGUUCAACUCUUGUCCCAACUCUUGAUGUUACAGCCUUCGACCCUACCUACAUGUAAUAAAUUGUCUUACGUUUUAAAAGAGAUGACAGACGUUUUAUCAAUUGCUAAAUAAAAGGAUACAACUUCCUCGAUACUUUUAUUGGCAAGCAAGGAUUAAUAAUCACCUAUAUCAAUAAUGUGCUUUUCUGUGACUGGGCAUACGUAUCUCAAAAGUAACACUGUCACAAACACUGGACUCUUUUCCCCAUGUUACAACUCAUCGUGACUGUUAAAUUGUGCUUUGUAAAAAUGUCGCAUUUUAUGACAUCAGAGACACAAAACGGCAUCCUGGUGGUUGGUAUGUCGCGUUUUUAUGACAUCAGACACAAAACGGCAUCUUGGUGGUUGGCUCACUCUUCGCCAUGAGAGCCAAGUGGAGAAAGAAGCGCAUGCGCAGGCUGAAGCGCAAAAGGAGAAAGAUGAGGCAGAGGUCCAAGUAAGAUGUCCUCUGGAGGCAGUGGAUGUGGUGUUGUUUGCCAGUACUCGCAAGACAUUUUACAGCUGGGUAGCCAGGACGGCCUUCAUGAUGAAGUCUUGACAUCAGCAUGUCUGCAUUCUGUCUCAAGUUGCUGAUCAAGGUGGACUCUGUUUGUUCCUUUUAACUUUUUUUUUUUAGAUGUUUUGUUCAGUGUUCAAACUUGUGUUCCUGUUCAAACUUUUGUUCCUAUGCUUUGAUUAAAGGUUUGGGUGUCAAACAA